ACCUCCACAUGUGGUUUCCGUUCGUGCUAAAUCAAAAAUCAACCGUGCGGGAAAUAGAAGAACGAAGUGCGACAAGUUUUUCCAAUUCCGGUGGGGAAGGAAAUCAAAUGUACACGACGGAAAUGUCGAACCAAUCAAUCAUUUGCGAAGCUAGCUAAGAAUGAAACGUAGAGACACUGUCUCAUUUGUUUACACUGUUGAAGAUAGCUGGGUAUUUAUGUUUUCUUUUUCUUCGUCGCCGGUGUACGUCCAUAGCAACAUGAUUUCCCGGAACCGGAACGACAACAAUGUGAUUUGACUAUAAUUUUGCACAAUGAGUAAACGCUUUUGAUGCUGGAUUUAAAUGUGGCAGCAGCGGAACGAAGCGUGAGAUGUAUGCUGGAAGCCCGGUUGUAUGCUGCUAACCGAGGGCAGUUCAACGAGAAGUGGUUAUCUGUACGCGUCAUUCGACCGCUAUCAUUUACCAUCAGUUAUCAAUUGGUUGCCAGCGGAGUGGCAGCUGUUGUAGUUGCUUUGCACUAGCCCGUGUGACCCAGUGAUGAUGGAUUUCAUCAACGAGUAUACCGAGGAGGAACGGUUAAAAAUUGAACAAGAUUUCUUACGCCUUAACGAUAAAUGUUAUCUGGAUCAUGCUGGCACGGCACUGUACGGUGCGUCGCAGCUCCGUGCCGUUCACGAGCUGCUUGCGAGUGGAUUGUACUGCAACCCACAUACCAGCCGCACGAUGGAGGACCUAAUCGAUCUGGUACGAUAUCGAAUUCUGCGCUGGUUUAAUACGCGACCGACCGAGUACGGUCUGGUGUUUACUUCUGGUACGACCGCUAGCCUUAAGCUGCUUGGUGAGUCGUUCGGCUUCGGAGAACCCGAUAAGGUGGGUUCGUUCGUGUAUCUGCGCGACAGUCACACGUCCGUGUUGGGGAUGCGCGAAAUUGUACGUACCGAGCGUAUUCGUCCGAUUGAGCGUACGGAGUUGCUGCAGGUGCUCAAUGAACCGAAGGGUGUUCAUCAGCGUCUCCGACCGUCACUGCUCGUAUUUCCGGCGCAGUGCAACUUUAACGGUGUAAAGUACCCGCUGGAACUGAUCGAGCUCGUAGAACGAAAUGGCUUGCGUGGCUAUGGAGAGGACGAAUUCCACGUGUGCUUGGAUGCGGCCAGUUACGUCUCCACCAGCCCACUUGACCUUACCCGCUUUCGGCCAAGUUUUGUGUGUGUUUCGUUCUACAAAAUAUUUGGCUACCCUACCGGAUUGGGUGCAUUGUUGGUACGUAAGGACGCGGAACAUUUGCUACUGGCGGGUAGACGAUAUUAUGGUGGCGGUACGGUAAAGAUAGCGAUGAGCGGCCAGAACGCGUUUCAUGAGAAGCGGGACACGUUAGCGGAACGGUUUGAGGAUGGUACGAUCAACUUCCUGUCCAUUACAGCCCUGCUGCCCUGUAUGGAUGCACUCGAGCGGCUCAUACCGGGCGCAACUAUGGAACGCAUCCAGCGCCACACGUUUCAGCUCGCACGCUACUGCUUCCGUGAGCUGCAAGCACUCCAGCACGCUAACGGUGGUCGGGUGGUAGAGCUGUAUCACGAUACCGCGUUUGGGGACCCGGCUUCCCAGGGUGCCAUUGUGAACUUUAACGUGCUGAACGAUGAUGGCAGCCACGUCGGGUUCGCAGAGGUUGCUUGCAUGGCCGCAAACCACGGUAUCUACCUGCGCACCGGAUGCUUCUGCAAUCCAGGCGCCUGUCAACGUCAUCUACGACUCGCGGAUGACGAUCUUUUGCGACACUACCGGGCUGGGCAUGUGUGCGGUGACGCAAACGAUCUCAUUGACGGACAACCGACCGGUUCGGUGCGCGUUUCGUUUGGAUAUUGUACGCGUCCGGCCGAUAUCGACCGAUUGGUAGCGAUGAUUCGGCGCUGUUACGUACGUCGUUCGCUUACUGGACCGCUUGCCGGUUGCAGCUUGUCCCGGGAUCAAAUUCUUGCCCAGUACAAAAGCUACGAUAGGCCCCGUUUGGUGCAGAUCUGCCUCUAUCCGGUAAAAUCAUGUGGACCACAUCGUGUAACCGACGGUAAUUGGCCAUUGGCCGCGACUGGUUUGCGGUACGAUCGUACAUUUCUGAUCGUAGACGAGCAUGGUGUUGCGAUGACGCAGAAAAAGCUCCCCGAAAUGUGUCGAAUCCGACCGACGGUGGAACAGAACCGUAUGACGCUGCGGCACGACGAACUCGAGGACGAGCUGGCAAUCGAACUCGACGAACCAGCGGAAACGGACGCAGUGCAUUCCGCGGUACAACUCUGCCAGACGAAGGUGUGUCGGGACAGUGUGCAAGGCGUGGAUUGUGGGGACGAUUGUGCGGACUGGGUGAGUCGGGCACUCGGUGUGUCCGGGUUGCGAUUAUUACGCCAGUCAGCACACGAUGCUCGCCUGCAGCGACGAACGACGAGAGAACUUUCGCUUAAUAAUCAAGCCCAACUGUUACUUAUCAAUCGAACGUCCGUGCGGUGGCUGCGAGACAAGGUAGACGACUGGGAUGGGGCAGAGAUGCCUUCGCUCGAUUCGCUGGUCGAUCGUUUCCGCGGCAAUCUGAUAAUCGAAACGGCUCGUCCGCUGGAGGAAUCAGACUGGCAUCGGGUCCGGAUAGGGCAGAGUGGGUUUAGCGUCGAUGGUCCCUGCACCCGCUGUCAGAUGAUCUGCAUCGAUCAGACGAGUGGCGAACGUACAGCAGAGCCGCUGCGUACAAUCAGCCGGGAGUUUGGUGGACGGAUGCGCUUCGGUGUAUAUUUGUCACGCGAAGAUAAUGACCAAGAUGGCACACCAGCCGAAAAUGGUACAGCUGCCUUAGAAAGAGAGCUUUCCUGUGGUGCUACGGUUUCGGGUGUAAUUGAUAAUGUAAAUGAAUAGAUUGGUUGAUGGUUGAUAAAAAAAUAACAGCAUGUUUCUUUCACGAUCACGAUGCUGCGUGGUAACAGCGUGUAAAGGAUGGUUCAAUAAUAAACGUCUAAAAAAGAGCAA